CGCCCUCUCCUCUACGUGUCUUUGUCUGACUGCUGCAUUGUCUGUCUUCGGCUGCCACUGAUUACACUCAUUGUUGUGUUUUUGCAUCUUGCCCAUUGUUGGAAGCGUCUCCAGCGCACGACAUUAGCUGUGUCGCCCAGCUUCAAAACGCCCAAACACGCGAAAACUCACCCACCCCUUGCUUCAGCUUGUGAGCCCACUCGCUGCCCGCCAUGGCGAUCGUGCAGAACUGGCUUCCUCCCAGCGAGGAUAACUACAACUUUAUCAUGUUCUGGUGGAGCCUCUUCCCGCUGUUUGGCUCCCUCCAAUGGGUCGUCUCCUUUGACGGCAUGGGCAAGGGCUCGAUCGCCAAGAGCAUGUUCAACAUCCCCGGCAAGCUCGCGUGGCUGACGAUGGAGGUCCCGGGCGCCACGGUUCUGCUCUACACCAUCAGGGCGCUCACCGCCGCCCGCGGCGCCAGCCCCGAGGACCUGCCCUGGCAGAACAAGGUCCUCGCGGGGCUCUUUGUCACGCACUACGCGUACCGCGCCAUCAUCUACCCGCUCGUCGCGCCCAGCAUGUCCGACAUCCACGUCUUUGUCUGGCUGAGCGCCGCCUCCUUCCAGGUCUGCAACGGCACCUGCAUCGGCGCCUGGCUCGCCGCCUACGGCCCGACCACGCAGGCCGAGUGGGCCGCCUCGGGCUUCUCCACGGCCCGCUUCGCCGCCGGCCUGCUCCUCUUCUCGGCGGGCCUCGCCGCAAACUACUUCUCCGACGAGGAGCUCCGCGAGAUCCGCCGCUCCGAGCAGCGCCGCCAGGAGCGCCUCAAGAAGAGCCAGGGCGGCAAGGGCGGCGGCACCAUCCACCGCCACUACGAGCUCCCCAACAACGGCCUGUUCCGCUACAUCCUCUACCCGCACUACUUCUUCGAGUGGGUCGAGUGGCUCGGCUACUGGGUCGCGGGCGGGUUCGCGUUCGCCCCGGCCAGGGCCUUCCUGCUCAACGAGAUCUUCUCGAUGCUGCCCCGCGCGGUCAAGGGCGGGGAGUGGUAUCGCCAGAAGUUUGGCGCGGAAAAGGUCAACAAGAAGUGGAUCAUCAUCCCGGGGAUUUACUGAGGAGGCUGAGGUGGCCUCUUUGUGGGGGAAAGGAGGGGG